AUGGAGGUGGUAGGAGGGGGAAUGGCUCAUCACUCUGAGGAUCAAGUGGAAGUGGUGCCUCUGGCCAAGUGGUUCAUCUGUGUUUUGCGUUUCACGGACACGUUUGAUAUUGCUGGGUUUAAGGCAAAGCCGUCGCUUGCCCUGCUGGAUGUUUGUAGGAAGAGAGAUCUGCAUGAGGUGGCAACAUGUUACGGGAUCAGUGUCUCCGCUGGUCUACGCAAAGCGGAGCUGACGGCCGCUCUGGUGUCUGGGUUGUUGGAGAAGAGGGUGGUUGUAAUGCAAGAACCCCCGAGCACACCCGGUCCGGCUGGACCAAGUGCAGCACCUCAUGUUCCAAGCCAGGUCGUAGAACCGUCAGUGUCUACACCUGUGGGCCAGGGGCUACCCGAGGGCGGGCCAAUGACGCUGCCCCGUUUUGAGCCGCUCUCCACCCAUUCAACAGAGGGUUCUAAGCAGGAUGCUAGGCUCAAAGUCUGUCUGGCUCGUCUCCAGCUGGAAAAGGAGGAGCGUGAGAGAGAGUUCCAGCUGAAAAGGGAGUUAGAGCUUAGGCGUUUGGACACGGAACUGGCUAGGGCUAGGGAGGUUGAGCUGAAGAAGGUGGAGGUGGAAACUAAGGUCAAGCUGCGACAGCUGGAACUCCAGCAGGCCUCCUCCCCUCCUGUGGCGGCUUUGCUGUCACAGACAGAGGUACAGUUUGAUGUAGGAAGGAAUAGUCGUCUGGUCCCUGUAUUUCGUGACACUGAGGUGGAGACUUCUUCUGAAUCAUUUGAGCGGAUAGCGACAGCCUUGCAUUGGCCGCGGGAUGCAUGGGCCAUCCUGCUGCAGUGCAAGCUGGUGGGCAAGGCACAGGAAGUUUGUUCCUCGUUGUCCGCUGAGUGCAGUUUGGAUUACGACAAACUGAAAAGUGCUAUCCUGUUAGCCUACGAACUAGUCCCUGAGGCUUAUAGGCAGCGAUUUCGGGGGUUGAAAAGGGUGCAGGGUCAAUCCUUCCUGGAUUUUGCGAGGGAAAAGAGUGUCCUCUUUGACCGGUGGUGUGUGUCCAGCAAAGCUACUGACCUGGCGUCAAUGCGUGAAUUAAUGCUGGUGGAGGAAUUUAAGAACUGCAUCUGCAUCACAUUGUGUACGACACAAACAUUCAAACCUGCACCUCUGGCUAACCAGCAUACCUGUCACCAUGACCUAGCGAAGAAGCGUCUGAAAAGUGUUUCGGAAAGGCCUUCUAGCUAUUCGCUGGGUUCUCCAUAUCUGUCAUAUGGCUCCAGCUCUCCUGCUCUGUCCAACCGACAGCGCUUCCCUACUUUCUUCCGUACUCAUCCAUCUGCUACACUGCACAACCCCACUCGGGUACAGCUCUUCCAGAAGUGGAAAUGGACCAAGAUUGCCACUAUCCAGCAAACAACAGAAGUAUUUACCUCAACUCUGGAUGAUCUGGAGGAGAGGGUGAAGGAGGCAGGGAUUGAAAUCAGUGUUCGUCAGAGCUUCCUAACCGACCCAGCUGUGGCUGUCAAAAAUCUCAAGCGUCAAGAUGCCAGAAUUAUUGUCGGCCUGUUCUAUGAGACAGAGGCAAGGAAAGUCUUCUGUGAGGUUUACAAGGAGAAGUUAUAUGGGAAAAAGUAUGUUUGGUUCCUCAUUGGCUGGUAUGCAGACAACUGGUUUAAGAUCAAAGACCCAUCCAUCAACUGUACUGUGGAGCAGAUGACAGAGGCUGUGGAGGGUCAUGUAACUACUGAAAUUGUCAUGCUUAACCCAGAAACAGUACGAGGAGCUUCUAACCUGACCUCUCAAGAGUUUCUUGCUCAGCUCAUGUCCAAACUUGGGGGUAAAAAUCCAGAAGAAACAGGUGGUUUCCAAGAGGCUCCGCUGGCGUAUGACGCUGUGUGGGCUCUAGCGCUGGCCCUCAACAAAACCGUUGGGCCCCUUAGGGCCAAGGGUCAUCGUCUUGAAGAUUUCAACUAUAACAACCGAGAUAUCACUGCUGAGAUCUACCGAGCAAUGAACACCAGCUCUUUUGAAGGAGUGUCUGGUCAUGUUGUAUUUGAUGCUCAAGGAUCUCGAAUGGCCUGGACUUUAAUUGAACAGCUUCAAGUCUUGGUAGCCAGGGAUUGGUCCACCAGGACCUCCACAUUGUACCCGACCCCUACGGUGCCUCCUGCAGGUGGUGGGCCUGCAGGAAGAUGGGUCCAUGUCCCUUUUUCAGAUUGUGACCAGCCAGGCCCCAUGGACUAA